AUGGAGGGAGGAGGACGGCUGUCAUGGGUGAGAUAUGGGCCUGUAGUGUCCCUGUUCGUGGUGCUGUUGGCCGUCUGGUUCCGCUCAUCUGAACGCACUGUGCUGGAUGACCGACUGGACACGCUUUUGUCCUCUUUAUUACGCGCUGAAAGCAAAGUCGGGAUCAACGACUUCGCCCGACCCAAAGUGGCAAUCGGUUUUGGAGGCUGUGCAGAUUUACUGGUUGACGGAGUGUCACUGCUAAAUAAGAUUGGCCUAAUUCCUUCAGACCAACCUUUACAUCAUGACUACUUGGAAAACAUUGAGCAACUUUCCCAGAGCUUUGCUUAUUUCUUUGCUCCUGGAGCAGCUGCAGAGCGAUUUAUGUUAAAUGACACCCUCUUCGGGGAGUUGGUUGAAGCGUCCCGUGACUUGCCUGGUAACAGAUGGUCAGUAGGUGGUAAUGCCCCAGUGAUGGCCGGUCGCCUAGCAAAGGAAGGCUGUGAUGUGUUGCUUGGGGGUAGUUUCAGCCCUGACUUUACUGAUGUCCUGUCUGAGCAUAUUACAGUGGCAGGAAAAGUGCUUGAAGAACCAGAUAUUCAUCUAAUUUUGGAAUAUCCAAUGGGUGUUUCUUGGGGACCAUACAUCUCACACAGGGCAAAUAGAUAUAUUAUUCACAGUGACGAUCAUAAUCCCUAUCUCGACUCAAUGGAGGAAUUUGCAAAAAAAUUAACACACUUCCAGCCAGAUCUACUUGUGGUUGGUGGGCUACAGAUGAUGGAUAGUUUCCCAUUCCCACCAGGUGAACGUCACGCUCUCCUGUCUCGUCUGUCGGAUCUUAUAUCCACAUCCUCCGCCAAACUAGGCACUCACUUUGAAAUGGCUAGUUUUGUUGAAGAAAGUAUCAUGGAAGACCUCCUCCAUUAUGUCAUACCAUAUGCUGAUUCUUUAGGGAUGAAUGAACAAGAACUUCCAAACUUGCUCAGCCUGCUUAAAGGCUCCAACAUCACUGUAUUAUCAGACCCUAAUCCUCGUGUAGCCACCGUCUUGGACCAGAUGAGAGAAGUUUACCGUAUUCUUAACCAGCGUUAUAAACUUGCAGAGAUGUCUGAAGGCGACCCAUCUAAAGUAAAGCCACUAACUCGACUUCACGUUCAUACACUGGCCUUUCAAUCCAUGAUCGUGACACGUGGGUCCCAGUGGAAGAACACCAUGUCAGCCACCGCCAAAGCUUCACUCACAGCUAACCGCCAUGUCUGUGGAUCUAACGAUAUUGACCUUAGCAAGGCACGGCUAAUCAUGGAUGACUCUUUCUCUGUAAGCAGACAGGAAGGCAGCCAGCGGAUCCCUCUCCAAGAAAGCAGACCGGUAAGCUGCUGGGAAGAAAACGACUACGAGAUCUGCGUUGCACCGGUGCUGGUUUGCACUGAGGUUUACCAAACUGCAGGUGGAGGCGACAACAUCUCCGCUGCCGGCCUGGUUCUGCAAAUCUAG